AUUCAUCAAAAGACAAGAAACUGAGACAGACGGAAUCAUGCUUCCCCCGGUUGAGAAUUCUGUUCUCCAAGAGAACCCCGAGUUUGCGACUCUCUAUAAUACUCUGACCACAGCUAUCCUCAACCCCGACGGCUCUAGCAAAACCGACCCAUCUAAUAAAGAACGAGAAGCUACUCGACAGAAACUCAAAACCCACCGCCUCAACACAGCUAAACAACACCUUCUCAUCCAUGCCCUCUCCACAGCAACACCGCCGCCUCCACCAUCCGCUCCAGCCCGGCGGACAACCACCUCGAGAACCGCAACAACUUCGGACCUACCCGAGCCACUACUCGAUCUGCUCUUCCUCCUACCGCCCCUACUCAGCCCGACUGCCGAGGUAGAAACCCUCCUCGCCGACCCGACCCUCCUCCUAACCUCCCCUCCGCUCUGCGAUCUCCCAUCCCUCCUGCCCCAGCUCGGCGACCUCGUCUCGGCGUCCCUGCACCAGGCAGCACUGAGCCUGGCGCGCCACACCAAUCCGACGACGAAUCCAUCCUACCUCCACCGGCACCUGCCGACCCUGGGACCGGGCAUCACGGCCAGCCACGCCGCGCUCGCGACCGCAAAGGCGGAGCUCUCGAGCGAGCGGCUGGCCGCAGCCGCCGCCGUGCAAAGACUGCUCGACCUUGAGGCGCAGGUGCUGGGGAGCCUGGCGCGCACCCUCGAGGCCAAGCACGGUGCGUCGGCCCGCAGCCUGGAGCUCCGGGCCGCUGAGGUGGCGCUGUCGGCGCGCCAGGGCGAGGCCGAGGCCAAGGCGGCGCUGUACCGCGCGCGGCGAGACGUUUACACGCCCGAGGCAGGCGAGGCGCUAGAGGCGUACGCCGCGCACCUGCGGGACUCCAAGGUCAGGGUUUUCGAAGCUUGUCGGGCGCGCAGGGCGGAGCUGGCAGAGUAUGGAGUUGCAGAAGGAUACGAAGAAGGCGGUGAGGUGGAGAUGGGGAAGAAAGAGAAGGCGAUGCGGGAUCUGGCAAAGACGUAUCGUGAUAUGGGGAGGCAGAUCAAUGAAGUAAAGAGAGAUCUCGACAGGUUAGAUCGUGCCUGA